UAGGAGUGGAACACGGAUUGUUGUGCCACAGCUGCCAGGGAAGGGGAUCCAGACCGGGCUGUGAGGCCUUGCAGCUGCCCAGCUCACCAUGGAGCUCUUUGAUUCCUUUCCAUUCAGCACCUUCCUGGUCCUGCACCUGCUGGUCUCAUACCCGUACAGCUGGCUGGCCCUGCACAGCCUGCCUCUGGGCCCCUUCUUCAGCACCAUCCUCCUCAUCCAGGCCGUCAUCAGCCUGCUGGUAUUCAGAUUCUCCAAUUUGGAGUUCCUCCAGCCAGGAAGAACCCAGAGGGAGGUGCUGGAGCAGAGCGGCACAGCGAGGCGGCAGCGCUGCCACAGGUGCCACCAUUCCUGCUGGCAUCACAUCCUCCGCCUCUGCUGUGACAGCUGCAGAAGGCACCUCUGCCAGCAUCGCCAGGCACCAGGGCAAUGCAUCAGGCCCCAGCAUCGCCCACAGCAUCGUCCCACCAUCUCCUACUAUGGCUGCAUCCACCUCCUGUUGACGGUCGCCACAUCCCAAUCCGUGGCGGUGCAGCUGUCCUGCAUCCUCCUCCCGCUGCUCUGCCCCCUGCAGCCCAUCACCCUGCAGAAGAUUGACGUCAUCGCGGUCACCGUCUUCACUAUCCUCUACCUGAACCCCAUCAUGCUCUGGGCCCUCUGGGGCACCCGAGCACAGCAUGCACCGAGGCAACAGGUAUGGCACCAGGGCACCGAGCACAGAGCAGCAGACAGCAACGUGAUGCACCGAUGCUCCACACGGCUCAAUCCCACUGUGCAGGCACUUGAGCGCAAGGAGGCUUACACCUGCCUAUGCUGUGCCCUGUGGAAUUCGAGUGUUGAGAGCAUCACCACCACCACCUCCGUGAGCUCACCACCAUCCCAGAACUGCUCGGUGCUGGCCGUGUGGACGUCACCCCAGCUGAAUGCAGCCAUGUCCCAAGAGCAGGAGAGCCAGCAGCCACCCCUCUCCUCGCAGGCUGCUGCCACACGUGAAGGCCAGCAGGAUGAGCAGGAGCUGAAGCCAGGACUGUGAGCUGCGCCGUGCUGCAGGGCGCCAUGUGGCUGGGGACAGUGACACCUGCAGGGCCCUGCUGCCCCCACCCCACGGCUUUAGGUUCAGGGCAGUGUCCCCACUCAUCCCCGCCGCUGUCCCGGCAGCACCCCAUGGAGCACUGGAAGCACGAGGGUGGACGCAACUCAAGAUAAACAAAUAAAGCACAGUGGCUGCAGCACUGAGAAAGGGACAGGAAA